AUGGAUAAUAUUUCUGACCGGAGAACACUGACAACAUCACCUAUGAAAAGAACAACAUAUUCCGAUCUUGGAAAGUGUAUCUAUUCUGCCAUUUAUCAAACAAACUUCCGCGGUAACAAACGAAUCAAGAAAUUUCCAGUUUCCAGUCCUCAAGACUGCUUCCGAGCAUGUUAUUUGGAAGGAUGCCGAUCAUCAAAUCUUCUUCAGAUAGAUAAUCAAACAAAUUCUUGUGAAUUAUUUAGGGAUGCCUUAAUCGAUUAUCGUACGGCAGAUGUACUGGUAUACGAUAGCGGUAGCGUAUAUUUCGAUGGUAUUAUUUGCACUGCGAAACGUCGUAAAGAAGAUAAAAAUAGCAGUAGUGAAAAUGAUCUUGAUAAAAUUGAUAAUGAAGAUUAUGCUGAUAACGACAAUAAUGAAUAA